AUGCUGUCAUGGGUUAGCAAUGUCAAGGUUCUCCAUUUUUGUCCUCAGAUCUUCGACGACAACGAUGACGACAAGUUCAAGACUUUCAGCAAAGCAAUCUCGCACUUAUCUCUGGAGGAGCUUAGUCUGCAAGACGUGUUUACACGCCAAGAGACCAUGGUCAACCUCCUGGAGAAAUUAGGUCCAACAUUGCGUCGCCUGACCAUGCUUUGCAGUAUCACUGGAUCUUGA